CUCUCCACUGAGUGUCAACUCGCAAGCUCGCUUCUGGCCUCUCUUUCUUUGCAUGUCAACGCGAACAAAAAGUGGCCUCCCAUCCAUCGCCUUCGCGCGGAUAUAAAGCCACCCCAAACGUGUACCAAAGGUCCGGCCAGAAGACUUGAGAGGCGCAAGGCCACAGAUCGCAACAACACACUCUAGAGCAACCCUCUGAGUCUGAGCAGUCUUGUGGUAGCCAUCGCCGAAUGGAGCUGAGCACGGAGAUGUCAAUGGCGCCACCAGCCAGCUGCAGGAAGCGCAAGUGCCCACCGCCCGGCCUGGCGGACAUCCACGAGGACAUGCUGGAGCGCGUCCUCGCGCGCCUCCCGCCAGCCAGCUUCUUCCGCCUCCGAGCCGUCUGCCGCGAGUGGCGCGCGGCCGCCGCCUCGCCGACAUUCCUCGAAGCCUGCGCCCGCGUCCCCUCCCGCGACCCGUGGUUCCUCAUGUUCUCCGAGCGUGCCCGUCCUACCGUCGCCUUCGACGCCGGCGAGCGCUCCUGGAACCCCUGCCACGCCGCGCCCGGGUCCAUGCCGGUGGCCGCGUCGGGCGGCCUCGUCCUCUACCGGGCACCGGCCACUGGCGAGCUGUCCGUGUCCAACCCUCUCACCGGCGCCUCCCGCGCGCUCCCCACGCCGCCGCGGGGCCACGGCGUGCCCCGGCUCCACGCAAUUGCCAUGUACGGCUCCCCCUACCGCGUGGCGCUCUUCACGGGUGAGGUCCCUGACCUGUCCAUGUCGGUGUUCGACUCGUCCAAAGACUCAUGGGAGGCCCCCGUGGCGCUUGCCAAAAGGAGCGAGACCUCCUCCACCGACGCACCGGCUCAGGGUGGCGGUGGCGGCGGCGACGACAGCACGGUCUACUUCUUGAGCAAGUCCGGCGACGUGGUGGCCACCAACAUGCAGCGCAGCGCAUCCAAGCAGUACUCCUCGGUGGCCGUCCCGUCCGGGCGAGGCGCCGGCGAGGCCGUGGCGUACUUCCUGGGCCACUCGGGCACGGUCGUCGCGUGCGACACGGCGACCCGCACGUUCGCCGAGCUGCCGCGGAUCCUCCCCGUGCACUUCGAGUACUCCAUCGACCUCGUGGCGUGCAACGGCGCCGCCUACGCCGUCGUCCUCUCCGAGUACCUCGACACGGCGAGCCUGCGGCUGUGGCAGUUCGCGGACGGCGCGUGGAGGCAGGUGGCGGCCAUGCCCCCCGCCAUGUCGCACGGGUUCUACGGCAAGAAAGCAGACAUCAACUGCGUCGGGCAUGGCGACCGCGUCAUGGUCUGCGUCAGCUCCGGCGACGUCAACGGCUGCUUCAUGUGCGACGUGGGCAGCGACCGCUGGGAGGAGCUGCCCAAGUGCAUCAAUGGCGAUGGAGAGGUCAACGAGUUCUUGGCCGCCUUCUCCUUCGAGCCUAGGGUGGAGAUCAACGUCUAAGUGUCUGUGUGUGCGUGUUUGUGUGUCAGUGUGAUUACUGGUUAGUUAAGGAGCGCCGUUUUGUUCUGCUCCUGGCUUGUUUGUUUGCUUUCUCAUGUGUAUGUAUUUAGCCAUGGAUAUUUGAUUUGCAUAUCUCAUCUCCUUUUGUGUUUUUCAUGGAAUCAAAUCAAGUUCUUUA